UGAAGAUCUUUGAUUUUUCCGCAUCUUAUUUUGUUUAUUAUUACAUUAAAUUAAAUUAAUGAUAAAAAGAACUAUAAAUUAUUAAAGUUAGAAAAUGGCAGACUCUCUUGCUGUCCAGAGAUCUAAGCGGCAGAAAGUAGAUAAACAUGGUCGAUUGUCUGCUUUUGAGAAGCUAAAACAGCUAAAAGGCAAAGGCGUUAAACAUAAGUACGAUGUAGACGAGUUAGAAAAUGUUUACGAUACCGUUGAUGAAAAAGAGUACACGGACAGAGUCCUCCAACGUCAGGACGAUGAUUGGAUUGAAGAUGAUGGAACCGGGUAUGUAGAAGAUGGUCGUGAAAUAUUUGAUGAUGACGAUGAGAUCGAAGACACAUAUGUGGCCACCAACAACAAAGAGACAGGGAGGGGUCAGAAGAGGAAAGCCAGAGUUGCAGCCCCUGCAUCUUCUAAGGGGAACAUUAGGAAUCUGUUGGGAUCAAUGCCCACCAAAAAGAAAGAGGAUGUGAAAAUAUCAGAAGAUAAUAUUCUGUCGGACAUUAUGUCAGACCUAGAUGGCAGUGCAGCCUCCCCGGUGGUGAAGCCAAAGCCCUUGGUCAUGAGGACCAACACUGUGGAGUCCAGCAAGAGAGAUGCUCAAAACUACUUCAAAAGCCUUGCCUCUUCUGUCAAGAAACCAACACCUCCCAUCAGUAAUGGUCAAGCAAAACAAAAAAUUGAAAACAUUGAUAAACCGAACAACAUACCCACCGAAACUGAUAAAGCAGAAAAGCCAGUCAUAAAGAAAACUGAAUGGAAAAUAGAAAAAGAAAUAAAACAAGAACUUGAAGACUCGGCCACCCAAAACAUAGAAGAAUUUGACACUCAGGAGAUGGUAUUUGACGAUGACUUUAGCAAUGAUAAUGGAGCAGCUACAAAAGACGCUCAUGUAGCUAAAAAAGCCAAAAUUAAAGAGGAACCUAUCAGUAAUACUAUAACAGAUGUAGCAGAUGAGUUUUUAAAUGAUGAUUUUGAGAUUUUCCCAUCCAAAGAGGAAUCGCCAAAAGAAUUAAAACCUUUGUCAAGCACAUGGGGUGAAGUAGGAGACCAACAAGUCCAAGCAGCUGUCAUGAGUGAUGGUCAACUGCCUCUCAACACUAAUGAGGAUGGGGAGAAGUUCUUAAGGUUUUAUUGGCUGGAUGCAUGGGAGGACAAAUAUGUGAAGCCAGGAGUAGUGUAUCUGUUUGGGAAGGUGUAUGCCAAGCCUGGAGAUAAGAAGGCUGGCUGCUUGUCUUGUUGUGUUGUGGUGAAGAAUGUAACAAGACAAAUGUUCCUUUUACCUAGGGAAUAUAAACUAGAUCCAGUGACCUUGGAGAACACAGAUAACGAGGUGACCAUGAUGGACGUGUAUGAAGAGUUCAACAGCUCUGUGGCGAAUGAGCUCGGUCUCAAAGAGUUCAAGUCCAGGAAGAUCACCAAGAACUACUGCUUCAACUUGCCUGAUAUACCAGCGCAGUCAGACUAUCUUGAAGUCAAGUAUUCUGCCACUUUCCCGCCGCCUCCAUCCGGCAAGAAAUACUUGACUUUCUCACACAUAUUUGGCACAAACACAUCUUCUCUGGAGACAUUCCUACUCGACAGGAAAAUCAAGGGGCCUUGCUGGCUCGAAAUCAAAUACCCAGAGAAUGCGCUGGCUAAGGUAUCGUGGUGCAAGUUAGAAGCAGCGGUUGAGAAAAUGGAGCACAUAACCGUCAGCAAAAACAACGCAGACAUAGAGCCGCCGCCGGUCGUCGUGGCUACUAUAAAUAUGAGAACCACAACAGACCUGAAGACGAGGAAAGCAAAAAUUGUAAUGAUAAGUUGUUUGAUACACAACCAGUUUCCCAUCAACAAGCCGCCACCGAACCCUCCUUUUCAGCAACAUUUCUGUGUAAUGACAAAAUGCAACGAAAUCUGGCCGUUGGACUUGAAGCAGGCAUUUCUUCAAUACAAAGCCACGAAACUUAAUAAAUGCGACUCAGAGAGAGAGCUACUUAACUAUUUCAUGGUGCAAUUCUGGAAGGCAGAUCCCGACUUGGUUGUAGGGCACGAUUUACCGGGAUUCCAACAAGAUUUACUAAUUGGGAACAUCUUAGACCUACACAUACCAAAUUGGUCGAGGUUAGGAAGGCUGAAGCGAUCUGUGGCGCCUCAGCGAAAGUUCGCAUCGAAAGACGCCUUUUUGGGCCGCCUCGUUUGCGAUAUUAAAAUAUCGGCUAUGGAACUUAUACGGGCUAGAAGUUUCGAUCUCAACACGCUAUGUGUAGAUGUUCUGAAAAUGAAAGAAGGAGAACGUGUGGACGUCGCGAUUGAAGACCUGCCUCGCUAUUACGAAAACAGCAGAAAUUUGCUACAACUCGUAUCUUUGAGCAUGCAGGACGCUUCGUAUAUACUGAAGAUAAUGUGCGAACUGAACGUCCUUCCGCUAGCUUUACAAAUUACACAAAUAGCUGGCAACGUCAUGUCUCGAACUCUGAUGGGAGGCAGGUCUGAGAGGAACGAAUUUUUGUUGCUACAUGCAUUUACUGAAAAGAAUUUCAUUGUACCAGAUAAAGUGUAUGGAAAGAAAACUGUCAACAUUGAUGACGAUAAUGAAGAUGGAAACACUGAGAAUGUCCCUAAAAAGCAAGCUAAGAAAAAAGCAGCAUACUCUGGAGGCUUAGUACUAGAUCCCAAAAAAGGGUUUUACGACCAAUUAAUAUUACUAAUGGAUUUCAAUUCCUUAUAUCCCAGUAUUAUUCAAGAAUACAACAUAUGUUUUACGACAAUAAAAAGAAAGAGUGCCGCGGCUACUGACGAUGAUAUAGCUAAUCUUGUGUUGCCCGCCCCUAACACUGAGUUCGGUGUCCUGCCCACACAAAUUAGAAAACUUGUCGAAAGCAGAAGAGAGGUGAAGAAGCUGAUGAAAUCUGAUUUACCUACAGAACAAUAUAUGCAGUACAACAUUAGACAAAUGGCGCUCAAACUUACUGCAAACUCUAUGUACGGUUGUUUAGGUUUCACUCAUUCGAGGUUCUACGCGAAACCUCUAGCGGCACUUGUCACUAUGAAGGGUAGAGAAAUCCUCAUGGAUACCAAAGAAAUAGUACAAAAGCUGAAUUAUGACGUCGUUUAUGGUGAUACAGACAGUUUGAUGAUCAAUACAAACUGCCUAGAUUACGAUUCAGUAUUUAAAAUAGGUAAUGAUUUAAAGAGGGAAAUCAACAAAAAGUACAAACAGAUUGAACUGGACAUCGAUGGCGUGUUCAGGUAUUUACUACUGCUGAAGAAAAAGAAAUACGCAGCGGUGAUUAUGAACAAAAAUAAGAACGGCACAUUCGUUUACACUCAAGAACACAAGGGGUUAGAUAUAGUGAGGCGAGAUUGGUCGCAGCUGGCGGCAGAGGCCGGGAAAUUUAUUUUGAGUAAGAUUCUGUCAGAGCUAUCUGCUGACGAGAGAUUGGAAACUAUUCAAACAUAUUUAGGUAAAAUAAAAGAAGAUCUAACAAAUGGCAAAAUGCCACUGUCUAUGUUAACCAUAACUAAACAAUUGACCAAGCAUCCUAACGAAUAUGCAGAUAAAAAUUUACAACCUCACGUUCAAGUGGCUUUAAGACUGAAUAGUAAAAAUAGUAGAAGGUUCAAAAAAGGAGACAUAGUGCCUUAUAUAAUUUGCGAUGAUGGUACAGGAAGGUCAGCUGUACAGAGGGCAUACCACAUAGAGGAGUUGAAAAGUUCUGACACCCUGAAAGUAGAUAAUAAUUAUUAUUUAGCGCACCAGUUGCACCCUGUCAUAUCGAGAAUAUGCGAGCCUAUAGACGGCAUGGACCCUGCUCGAAUCGCGGACUGGCUCGGGCUGGAUCCGUCCGGUUACAAGCAAAUGCUGAAGAGGCAAGACAACAACACAGACACAUUCGAGGUGGAGAACGAGCAAGAAAAGUAUAGACAUUGUAAAGAUUUCGUAUUCGUGUGUGUCAAUGAGGGUUGUAAGACGGAGAAUAGGAUAAGGGAGACAUUUGUGAAAGGGGAUAAAGAUAGUGUCUGUUUCUUGGAGCGCUGUCAGAACGAGAAGUGCGGCGUGAGGCCGAUGGACUACGUGGCGUGUGUUCAGAACCAGCUGAGCCUGCAGAUCCGCCAGUGCCACGGGCAGUACUACGCGGGCUGGCUGGCGUGCGAGGACCCGGCGUGCGCGCUGCGCUCGCGCCGGCUGCCGCGCGCCUUCGCGGGCGGGCGCCCGCUGUGCCCCCAGUGCGAGAAAGGUGUCAUGUUCAGGGAAUACACGGAGAAAGACCUGUACCUGCAGAUCAACUUCUUUAUGUUCCUUUUCGACCUCAGCAAAAAUAAUUCCAAAAUAAAAGUGCCUCAUCAAGUGGCAGCAUCUCUGCAAGUUCUGAAAGAAACGGUGGAGGAUUGGCUGGCCCAGUCUGCGUAUUCCAUUAUAAACCUCUCGAAAUUGUUUAGAUUCUUCACAUUGGACCCCAAUUCAGGAAAUAAUCUGAAAUCUGAGCCCCUCGAGAUUGACAUAAUGCCAGAGACCGAACAAAUUGAUGCCUUGUUAGAAAUAGGUAUAUAUUAAGAGAACUGUUAUGAUUUUUUGUAAGUAAAUAGUAAUUAAGA